CGGGAAUGAAGUGUGCUCAAGGUGCUUUUGUGUUGUUAAUUUCGCCUGAGUGUGCUUACUGGGAUGGCGCAAUUUUCGAAAGACGCGGUAUGGUAUCGUUCGCCCGCGAUACACUUCAGUCGCGUUUGUGCCUACAUACGAUUUGACGUAUUCUGCGCGCUGUGAUGUCAUUUGGCAGCUUAUUUUAUGAAAUGUCAAACGUUUUACAUGUAAUCCGUGAGUGAAUGAUAAACAGAUUGUAAGUGAAAUUGAUAUAAAUGAAGUGUUUUAGUUAAAAAGUGACAUGGACUGUUAUUAUUCAAAAUUUUAUCCAAGACGUAAGUGACAAAUGGAAAAAUUACAUCGGUGAACGAUACACUCAUGAUGCAUCCGGCUGGAUACUACGCAAACCUUGCGAGCGGUGCGCUCGCAGCCGGCACAAUUGCGUCUCCGUGGAGUACGCCGGCCGGCGCGCCCGACACCAACGGUUCGGGCGGCGCCGACGCCAAGCAUCUGGACGUCGGCGAUGCGAGCGACGAUGAAAAGGAUUUAUCUGCAGCCGAUGCAGAAGGAGUAUGGAGUCCGGAUAUCGAGCAGAGCUUUCAGGAGGCGCUGGCGAUUUACCCACCCUGCGGCAGACGCAAGAUAAUUCUCUCUGACGAGGGCAAGAUGUACGGAAGAAACGAACUAAUAGCAAGAUAUAUCAAAUUACGGACAGGCAAGACUCGCACGAGGAAACAAGUUUCAUCGCACAUACAGGUGCUAGCGAGACGGAAACUACGUGAAAUACAAGCUAAACUCAAAGUGCAAUUUUGGCAGCCUGGAUUACAAGCUGGAACAUCACAGGACGUGAAGCCGUUCCCUGGCGCGGGGUACAAGGGCGUAGGUGGUGUGGGCGGCGUGGUGCCGGGCAGUACGGACGUUGCGCCGCCACCGCCGUGGGAAGGGCGCGCCAUCGCCACGCACAAACUCAGGCUAGUCGAAUUCUCCGCUUUCGUGGAACACCCGAGGGACCCCGACACGUAUCCACCGAGUGCUGCGCCGGCACAACAUUUAUUCGUACAUAUAGGUGGUACAGUCACUUACGCCGAUCCAUUGUUAGAGUCGGUGGACGUACAACAAAUAAAUGAUAAGUUCCCAGAAAAGAAAGGAGGGCUCAAAGAGCUAUAUGAGAAAGGUCCAAGAAAUGCCUUCUUCCUAGUAAAGUUUUGGGCGGACCUCAAUACAAAUAAUUUGGACGAUCCUGGUGCUUUCUAUGGAGUCACAAGUGUAUACGAAAGCAACGAGAACAUGACGAUAACGUGCAGUACAAAGGUGUGCUCGUUUGGUAAACAAGUGGUAGAGAAGGUGGAGACUGAGUAUGCGCGGUUCGAGAGCGGUAGGUUCGUGUACCGCAUACAUCGCUCGCCCAUGUGCGAGUACAUGGUCAACUUCAUACAUAAGCUCAAACACCUACCCGAGAAGUACAUGAUGAACAGCGUACUAGAAAACUUCACUAUAUUACAGGUGAGAUGAUUACAUUUAUUGUAUUUAACAUUGGAAUUUUAGUAAAAAUAUUGGAAAAUUACUAACAUUAAUACAAGAAAAACAAAUUGACGACGUUCUU